UUAUUGAAAUCAUCAUCAUCAUCAUCAUCAUCAUCAUCAUCAACAUCGAAAUUGUCACAUUUGUUCAACUAUCGGAUUGAUUCAAUUAACUUUAAUCGUUGCUAUAAUAAAAAAUACAUAUGAAAAUUUCUUUACUCAAAGAGAUUUUAUUGGCCAUUAUGUAAAUGGCAACUUAAUCGCUAUCAUGCAUUUGGAUCGUAUUGCCAGUUUAUUUGCUAGCAUGUUAUUAUUGAAAUCAAUUUCAUUUCAUCAUAGACUUUAUUAUGCUAAUCCAGCCAUAACCAUAUUGAAUAAUGUAUUAUUCAAUAAUAAUCAAAAAUAUUUUCAUCCACCAUAUCGUUAUCGAUUGAAAAUGGCAUCCAUUGUUGUUCGAAAUAUGACAAAAAGGUUAUUAAUUCAUUUGUAUCAUUUAUCAUCAUGCUCAAUUUGACAAUAUUAAUGAUGGAUUUAACAACAUUAAUAUUCAUUUAUAAUAAUUGGAAUUAUUUACCCACCAUUGAUAUUGAAAUUAUUGGCAAUUUAUAUCGUUACAUGACAAUGAUUAUAAUGUUUUUAUAUUGGAAAAUGUUUGAAUUAUCAAUAAUAUUCUGUGCAUAUUGUAAUACAUUAAUGGCCACAUGUGUAUUGUCAUACUUGAUUAUAUUCUAUAUAAAUGUUUGGCAAACAGAACAAUUAUUGAUUGAUGAUUAUAAACAAAUGAAAAUGAUGCCACGAAAAUUGAUAUUAUUUCAACAUUUUAAUACAGAAAAUUUACGUUUACUUUGUUCUGGCCGUGUAUAUUCUGAAGCAUUACUAGAAUUCUUAAUCCUAAACAUUCCAGUCAAUUGUUAUUUGAUUUUAAUCACUAUUUCAGGCACUGUUGAAGGAUUUUCCAAUCUAUUCAUAAUCACAAUGAUUACACAACAAUUAUUAGGUCUUUUUGUUUUUCAUUUAAUGUUUGCCAUUUGUAAUAGUAAAUUUCAAGAUUCAUCCAUUCUAUUCAUUAAACAAUUGAUUCAUUCACAUCGAUUCAUGCAAAAACGAUUGCCCAUAUUGGUUAAACUAUCAAAUUAUGGCCAAGCAUUUCAUACGAAAAAUAAAUAUGGCUUUACAUAUGGUAAAUUAGGAUUGAUUACCAUUCAAGAAUUUGUAAUGUUUCUUUUGCUUUAUUUGGAAUUUUUCAUGUUCAUUUAUAAACAUACAACAUGACAGCCAUUUGGUUUUGUAUUGAUAAAUUGCAUAAAUUUUUUUUUUUAGAAAUAGUUUAUCACUGAGAUUUGAUAUUCACCAGAAAAAAAAAAAAAAAAAACGAUUCACAUCAAAUGCGUGUUAUGAUUAGAUUUAAUUUAGUAAAAUAAAAUUUGCUGAUUUAUGAGUCGA